UAUGCGACGGCCCGACUUUGAUCUUUAAUGUCUCAGAUUCUUAAUUCUCCUCAUCUCUCUCGCUCCUUAAAACAUCCAACUUGAGCAACAAGUUUAUCAUUAUUCCCUUCUCCCUAUUUACAUCUCAAUAUUCUUCUCUUUCACAACUCUUCUCUUUCCUUCCUUCACUAAAAAUUUUAUGUUCUCUGCUCCGAAUCGCCGAACCAGUCCAAGUUGUUGUUUUAGAUCGGUUUACGACUAUGAUUAAGAUCGGAUUCACGGAGGAUUACACUUUGAAAAUGAAGAGAUGUCACGACUACGUCGAAGCGCUUGAACAAGAACAGAAGAAGAUCCAAGUCUUCCAACGUGAGCUGCCCUUGUGUCUGGAGCUCGUAACCCAAGAGAUCCAGUCGUGUCGGAAGGAGUUAUCGGAAUUUUCUACUACGUCGGAGCAAGUUCACGGCCAAUCAGAGUGUUCUGAGCGGACUACGAGUGAGUCCGGCGACGGUGCUGCCGUGUUUGAAGAGUUUAUGCCGAUCAAGUUAAAUUCGUCUUCUUCCAAUGAACACGAAUCUACUUGUGAACCAAAUAAAGACGACGGAGCUGAAAAUAAUGGUGAUAAGAAGAAAUCUGAUUGGCUUAGAUCUGUUCAGUUAUGGAACCAGCCCAAAGAGGAUCAGACAACAACGGUGGUGGUAGAUGGUAAACGAAACGGUGGUGCGUUUCAACCGUUUCAUAAGGAGAAGCCCGUGGUUGCGGCGGCAGCUAAGGCUGAUUCUCAACCGGUAAAAGCAAUCACUCCAACGCCGACGACGUCGAGUUCCACGGCGGAAACCGUCGGAAGUAAAAGAGAGCCGGAGAACCAUAAACACUCGCAAAUGCAUAGGAAGCAGAGACGUUGCUGGUCGCCGGAGUUACACCGGAGAUUUCUGCACGCGCUUCAGCAGCUAGGAGGAUCACAUGUUGCCACGCCGAAACAGAUUAGAGAUCUCAUGAAAGUUAAUGGUCUAACCAAUGACGAAGUUAAAAGCCAUUUACAGAAAUAUAGAUUGCAUACAAGAAGACCAGCCACUCCGGCAAUGACCAACGGCGGAGAAAAUCCACAGCAACCGCAAUUCAUGGUUGUGGAAGGCAUUUGGGUGCCGUCGCACGAUGCAGCGAACAGAGUUUACGCUCCUGUGGCAGUACAACCGCCGCUAGCUUCACCGUCGGAAGAUAGAAGUAGCCGGCGUUGCAAAUCGCCGACAACAUCUUCUACACACACAGCACACCUUCUUCCUCUGUCAUAAAUUGUUACACAUCAUACGGAAUUUUUUUCUUUUAAAUUUGUUUUGUAAACCAAGAAAGGUUUUUUUUUUUAGUUUUAAAAAUUUUGAAUAAAUUGUAGACGAUGAUAAAUACGAAUUUUGAUCUUUCAAGUUUUAUAGUAA